CGCCUUUUUCGCGUUCCUUCCUUCCUUCCCGUCUGUCUCGCCAUUAACAGAUAACUUCCUGCUUCAGCCAUGGCGACAACGACGUCCCUCUCUUCAUCGAGCGGGAACAUCUCUGUCCCAUCCGCCCCACCGUUGCGUGUGCAGGUGGCAUCGUUCAAUUGCAACCUUCAAGGCAGCUCUGCCGUGGCGCCGGACCUGUCGCACUGGCUCGUCCCCACACUUUCGGAAAAGGAUGCUCGCUUUGUCGCAGUCGACGAGAAGCAAGGCCGACCCGCUCCAGACAUCUAUGCCGUUGGCUUCCAGGAGCUCGUCGACCUUCCCGACGGCUUCUCUGGCAAUGCCGCGAUGCAGUCGGCCAUCAAGCGGACCGACCUAGCGAUCCGCCGCGCGAUCCGGCCCCAGGCGGCCACGACGAGACCCGAUGGAAUGUACCCGCCAGGGGGUGGGCCCGAGGACUACACGCUACUGGCAGAGGUGCACCUCGUUGGCAUCGUCCUCUUUGUCUACGCCCGUGAGCGGGCGCCCGUGGCGGGCCUCUCGGGCCCAAAGAGCGCCGUCGAGCGUGUCAAAGAAGUCCGCGCAAGCUCGGCUGGCACGGGCCUGCUGGGCCUGAUGGGCAACAAGGGUGCCGCCGGUGUCCGCGUCGUACUCGAGGGUGCCUUUCCUGGCAUGCCAGAUGAGACACUGACGUUUGUAUGCGCCCAUCUCGCCGCGCACGAUCACAACGUCCCAAGAAGAAACAACGACUGGAAGAACAUCGUCCGCCGCCUAGUCUUCGAUCAGGCCUCUGUGCGGAAGUUACCUGCCUUGCCCAUCACACCCAGCCAAGGAGGAAAGAAGAGCACCGAUAAGGAAGAGGACGAAGAGAUGCAAGGCCUUACGGAAAAGUACGAGACGGAGAAGUCCGCCCGGUUCCAGUCCCGCAAGCCCGUCGCUCUGGACGCUGAGGCGCACAGCAUUUAUGACACAUCGCACCUCUUUGUCUUUGGCGAUCUCAACUACCGCAUCGGUUUCAACACGAAGCCGUCUGCGCACCUGGCCCGAAAGGGACAGGAGGACGUGGUGCUGAAGCGGAGCGACGUGAAGCGAAAGAUCAACCAGGCCGACUGGAAGACGCUCGCGACAUACGACCAGCUCGCGGCACAGCAUCGACCCUCGGAGGGCGGGCCCAAGGCCUUCCACGGCCUCGUCGAGCCGGACAUCAGGACGUGGGGCCACGGCCCAACGUACAAGUUCAAGGUGGACAAGGCUGCGCGCAAGCAGCUGCAGAAGCAGCAGCAGACCGAAGGAGGGGACAACAAAGAGCAGCCUGGAGUCGCCCCGGUCAUGGGCCACAAUGCAGGCGAGCUGAGCGGAAAGCGGGUGCCAGGAUGGACAGAUCGGAUCCUGUGGGCCUCGGCCGGUUCAGCGUCAGACGACCUCCAGGGCGUCACGCCGGAGCUGUACAGGAGCAUCAUGCGGUACACCCACUCGGACCACAAGCCCGUCACGGCCAUCCUCCGGCUCAGCCCACCUGCGUCGUCUAGCGCGCACCUGGAUCCUUCGACGAGGCCAUUUGGCAUCGACGGCGCCUACCGCACAAAGGCCCUGCUCGGCCUCAUCCUCGAUCGCAUCCUCGGCUAUAUCUGGUCCGCCCUCGUCACUGCCGGUGCCGGCAACGUCAUCGUAGGCAUCCUCGAGCUCGUCGGCGUCGCCAUUCUCUCUGUCUGGUACCUGCGCGUCGGCGGCUCUCAGCAGUCUGACCUGGCGUACUGGCUCGGCAAUGUUCUGGGCAGACCAUGAGCCCCCUUUUCACCUUCCUUCAUCCUGUCUUUGACUUCUUGGAAGCAUCAUUCUUGAAAGCAAUCCUAUCGAACUAAAUGAG